GGUAGGAUUAAAAGAGGACAGUAAUACUGUAUAAUACGAGAUUUGUUAGGUUCUGGUGCACAAAGUGAGGUGAAGAACAGAAGAACACUCGUAACACACACCCUGUGUGAAGUACAUGACAUACAUGAGAUAUGGUUCGCCUCGUUUCAGUGACUCUGCUCUUCUCAGUAGUAGGUGGUACAGGAGCAUAUAUUCCUCAUCGCUAUCACUUUGUGAAUGAGAAUAAAACCUGGACUGAAGCUCAGACUUACUGCAGAGAGAAAUACACUGAUCUGGCAACCAUCAGCAACAUGGGAGAGAUGAAGAAGCUGAAUCACACACUGAUGAAGGAAAAUGCAAAGAAAGCUUGGAUUGGUCUACAGAGAGCAGGACGUGGGAGAUGGAUGUGGUCUCUGGAAGACCAAACUUUCUACAGAGACGGAGUCACUUACACAAACUGGAAUGGUGGGGAACCAAAUAAUGCUGGGGGAAACGAGUACUGUGUGACAUGUAAUAAGGAUAAUACAUUAUGGAAUGAUAACAAAUGUAAAAUGCUGUAUCCUUUUGUAUGUUAUAAAGAAAAAAACACAAACACUAAUAAAUAUGUAUUUAUUAAUAAUAAUAUGAGCUGGUACGAUGCUCAGACCUACUGCAGAGAGAAAUACACCGACCUGGUCAGUGUGAGGAACCAAACUGAGAAUGAGGAGAUCAUGAGGGUGAUUAAUGUUUCAGAUAUUUGGAUCGGUCUGUUUAAUGACUCCUGGAAUUGGUCAGAUCAGAGAAACUCCACAUUCAGAUACUGGAGAUCUGACAAACCCAGUGGAAGUUUGAACUGUGCUGCAGUGUCUGAGUCUGAGCAACGUUACUGGACUGAUGUGAACUGCACAGAAAAACUCCCGUUCAUCUGCCAUGAGAAUAAACUGAUCCUGAUUAAGGAGAAUCUGACCUGGUGGGAAGCUCUGACAUACUGCAGGAACCAUCAUCAUGACCUGGUGUCAGUGUGCACAGAGGAGAUGCAGCUCUGGGUGAAGGAAGUGACUCAAGACGCCUCCACUGAACACGUGUGGCUCGGCCUGCGUCACGACUGUGCCCAGCGGAUCUGGUUCUGGGUUGUUGGAUCAAUAAUCUGCUAUCAGGGCUGGGCACCAGGGAAUGGGACCUGGAAUGAAGACUGUAGUCAUGAGAAGAGAAGCGGAGCAGUGCAGUCUGGAGGAGAGCAGAAGUGGAUCGAGCUGCCUGAGAGCCAGAAGCUCAACUUCAUCUGCUCUACCUAUGAUGAUAUGUUUUAUUAAACAUGAAGACUUAGGAGAAGUUGUGGUCCAUCAUCGGUGUCCAGCAUCAACUGAUCUACAGUAAUGUCUCCUUUAUACUCUUCUACACAUUAUUAUUAUUCAUUCAUUCAUUUUCUACCGCUUAUCUGAACUACCUCGGGUCACGGGGAGCCUGUGCCUAUCUCAGGCAUCAUCGGGCAUCAAGGCAGGAUACACCCUGGACGGAGUGCCAACCCAUCACAGGGCACACACACACACAAUCAUUCACUCACACAAUCACACACUACGGACAAUUUUUCAGAGAUGCCAAUCAACCUACCAUGCAUGUCUUUGGACCGGGGGAGGAACAUGCAAACUCCACACACACAAGGCUCAUUAUUAUUAUUAUUAUUAUUAUUAUUAUUAUUAUUAUUAUUAUUAUUAUUAUUAUUAUUAUUUUUGACUUUUCUUAUUAAUAAAUUAUUAUCCAUUGGGUCAACUUUUAAGAUCACUUGGUCUCAACUUUCACUUUUAUGCAGAUGACACUCAGGUUUAUGUACGUUCAAAACCUGAUGUUAAUGUGGUUGUGUCUUUUCUCUCUCAAUGUAUCUCUGAGAUAAAAAAAUGGAUGUCUGGAAAUUUCUUGUGUCUGAACAGUGACAAGACGAAGGUAAUGCUCAUUGGUUCACCCUACCAGUUACGUAAGGCCGGAUCUUUAACUUUAAGUGUGGAUGGCUCUACACUCGAAUUCCAAACAAAAUUGAAAAAUUUAGGGGUGAUAUUUGAUGCAUAUUUAACAUUUGUUCCCCAUGUUCAGAACACUGUAAAGACAUCAUUCUUUCAUUUAAGAAACAUUGCCAAAUUGUGUCCUGUGCUGUCACUCCCGGUGGCUGAAGAGUUGAUCAACAUCUUUGUGUUUUCUCUUAUUGAUUAUUGUAAUGUUUGCUGGUCGGGGUCUCAAACGCUACCCUAAAUAAAUUACAGCUGGUUUAAAAUUCAGCCACCCGAAUCAUGACUGGAACCAGGACAAGGUCUGCCUACCGGUGUGAUACUUUAUACUUUACAAUCUCUCAAACCUCAUAUAUAUAUAUAAUAAAACAAAAACUGUCAUUUAUAUAUAAGAAUAUAUAUAUAUAUACAUACACAUACAUUUUUUUUUACAGUUCUCAAUUGUUUAUAUUUUAGACAUCUGAAUUUCUUAUCAGGAUGUCUGCAUAAUGACAUGUUGAUGGUUUCUAUACCUGGGAUUUCUGAGCACUUGUUUCUUUAAUGUGUAAGGAUAUGGAUCGUAAUGACUGCUGCCAGUUUCCUAUCAAAUAAAAGUACAUUUAAAGUUUG